UUGGCAGGGCCCCAUCAUCCACCGCCCAAUCUUUCUCUCCCUCUCUCACUAACUCCAACCCCUAAAUCACUCCAAACCCUAAAACCAAAGCCACCACCACCAACACCAACACCAACACCAACCUUAUUCCUAUUCCACUCAACUUUUAUUGACUAAAAAAAGAAGAAGAAGAAGAAGAAGAAGAAGAAGAAGAAGAAGAAGUUGUAGCAAUAUGGAGGACAAUAAUAAUCAAGUUCCACUCCCACUUCCAUUUCCUUUCCAUGACUUUCACCACUUACAACAACAAUUCCAAUCCCAGUUACUACAUCAAGCCAAGGGUGGAACUGGAACUGGAACUGGAGAAGGAGAUGCAUAUCAUGAAUACGAAGAAGGUGAUAGCACGCGCCGCGCACGUGGCCGGCCAACCGGAUCCAAGAACAAACCGAAACCACCGAUCAUCAUCUCCAGAGACAGCGCUAACGUGCUAAGAACUCAUGUCAUGGAGAUCGCCGGCGGCUGUGACAUCACUGAUUGUAUCUCUACCUUUGCUCGUCACCGUCAACGUGGCAUUUGCAUACUCAAUGGCAGCGGUAACGUGGUUAACGUCACGUUGCGCCAGCCGGCUUCGCCGGACGCGGUUGUUAGUUUGCAAGGUCGGUUUGAGAUCUUGUCACUCUGUGGGUCUUUCUUGCCGGAGCCGGCUCCGCCGGCGGCUUCUGGGUUGGCGGUUUACUUGGCCGGUGGGCAAGGGCAAGUGGUUGGUGGGAGUGUGGUUGGAGCUUUGGUUGCUGCUGGCCCUGUGAUUAUAAUGGCGGCUUCGUUUAGUAACGUGGCUUAUGAAAGGUUGCCUCUUGAGGAUGAUGAGCCGCCGGCGCCGGAGCAGCAGGAGAUGGCGCCGGAUCCUAGCUCCGGCCUCUUUGGCUUGGCUCCGAAUCUAGUGAAUAAUGUUCAGUUGCCAGUUGAUCAUGCUUAUGGCUGGGCUAAUCCAACUGGUCCUUCACAUCCAGGUUAUUAGCUUUAAUUUUUCAAAUUCAUCUUUUUUUUUUUAUUUUUUUUAUUUGAAUCUUUAUCUUUAUUGAAGUUUGUACAAAGUUAAUGGUGUUCGUUAUGGAAGAUAAGAGAAGAUCGAUGAGGACAGUGUGUGUAUGGGUGUGUGUUAUUUUCUUAUCUUAUUAUUAUUGUUAUUGUUAUUGUUAUUGAUCAAUAUGGUUGCUUUUUCA